AUGGCUUUUACUGAAGAAUACGUGUUUCCAUCCCUCAUUGCCUUCCUUUGCUUCCUCCCCCCAUGCAAACUUGCUGAAACCCUCCCCGUCGCCAGUGCCAACACCCUCCCCAUCGCCAGUGCCAACACCCUCCCCGUCGCCAGUGCCAACACCCUCCCCGUCGCCAAUGCCAACACCCUCCCCGUCGCCAGUGCCAACACCCUCCCCGUCGCCAGUGCCAACACCCUCCCUGUCGCCAGUGCCAACACCCUCCCCGUCGCCAGUGCCAACACCCUCCCCAUCGCCAGUGCCAAACCCCUCUCCACCUCCUCCAACGUCAUCUCCCAUUUUGGCGUGGUGACGCUGGUGGUUAUCACGGCGCGCAAGGCUGUCCAUGUAACAGAGGAAAACCAGAUCAAUCUAAAACAAUGGGUGGCCCCGUUGGUGGACUCCGGUGCUGUAUUGGCAUUCAAGGACCCUCACUUGGACGCACCAGAUGACUUGGUGCUGCGCUGGGCUCGCCUUGCCCUCUCCUGCACCGCCAUGCCUGCAGCCUCCCGCCCCUCCAUGAAUCAAGUGCUUUGGGAGCUGGUGAAGUUGAAGCAGGAGGCGUCCGGAGCACACGAGGGCCAUGUGGGCGAGGCCAAAUCUCGCAUUGACAUGGAGCUUGGGAGCUCCAUUGGCUCCUCCAGCUUCACUGCUGAAAUGGCCCGUGCGGAGCGCGAGGGGGGCAUGCCAAGUGGCUCUUCCACAUAA